AUGUCUUAUCUCCAUAUAAUGGUAAGUAUAUGAGAGCCAAACAAAGAGAAUCGAGCCAAGGUUAAGGCGGUAUCAUGCUCAUGAUUUUAUAGAUCGAAAUAAGUACACUUGAAGAAAUUUGCAAGAAUCUUAAGCUUGCAUUACAUAGUUUCCCAGAAAGUUAAUUUCUUGGUUUUAUACGUUCCCUUGUCCUGAAAGCACCUUAAACAGAGGUGUUUUACUUAAGUUAUUUUAAUCUCCUUGUUUGGGAAAUGAAGCUUUAAACUGUACAUCACAUAUGCAUUAUCAUCCACAUGAAAAAUCGUCCUUCACAAUCUUCCAACCCUUUGCGUUUGGAGAUGAAUCCUUAACUAACAAAUUCAGAUCUUCAUGCGGAUUCCAUUUGAAAAUUAAAAAAAACUGCAUUGUUUCCGUAUCAAGGUCGAAUGUCAAUUGGUAGCGGUUUAUAGUACUAAUUUGUUGAGUUUUCUUUAGUUCGUACAGUUUGCUUUCGUUACUUUUAGGGGACCGUAGCUUUAUGGAGGAAAAAACGAACUGAGUGCGUGGGCAAAAUGAGGAGUUCACGCAAAAACGUGACGAAUGUAGACGCCAAAUGUAGAAUGUAGAACGAGAAAAAAGAAAACAUGAAUCUGUUUUAGUUAUUUUCUGUAUUAUUCUCGCUUGAAUCUACAGUAAAUUGCCUAACAUGAAAUCCGAAAAAAUUUAAAAAAAAUGUCCUGACUUCGAAAUUCAUGGUUCAUGGCUAAAAGAUGUUUUCAGAAAUGACCAGUAUUUGCACUUCAUUUGGUCUUUGUUGUCGAACAUUCAACAUUAUUUUUUCAACUUGUCAUUUUGCUCGCACACUUGCUCGUUUUUCUCCUGAUCUUUAGAGCGAUGGUCCCCUAAAAGUAAUGAAAGCCGUAAAUUUUCAGUCGUUACUGGAGUUCAUCUCCCCAGGUAAAGCUAAUAUUUCUUGCCUUUAGAAAAGUUUCCUAGAUUAUAAUUGGCCAGAUUUUGUAAUCUAAUUUUGAUGUUAUGGCUUUUCCCAAGACAAUAGAUAAUAUUUUAUUUGGGGUCUUUUUCCAGCUAGUACUUCAACGGUUUUCCAAACAAUCUUCUAGGUUAAGUUCUUUAUUACACUAUACAUAUCAAGGUAUUGCAAAUAGCCCCAAAUACAACCCCGGCCCCCUGGCCUUGUUACCUCACCGUUCCACCCCUAUUUUAGACUUCAUCUUGCUGUUGGGUUGAGCACGAAGACUUGACCUGAACAAAUGUAAUGUAAUACUGGUCCAUUUGUUAACUCAUUAGAAACUGAUCCAAAACUCUCUGAUAACAUUUAUGCUCUCCAAUCCCUUGUUGCAGAUUAAAACAGUUGCAAAUUCCCUGCCCAAAAUUCCAGUUAUAUAUAUGAUAAAAUUUAUUUACUUAGUCAUUUGAAAAUCCAUUCACAGGGAUUUGAAGAAUAUGAACCUGACUCUGCUCAUCACAGGUUUCGAAGAAAUGUUUAUGCCAUGUCUGGUAAGUUUUGCCCACUUCAGUUGUGUGUGUAUGGCAUAUUUCAAAUCUAAGCGUAACUCUCAGUUCAGCCACACACCACAUCUAUUUCUGUUAGCAAGUGUCCACAGGAAGUAUGAACUAAGCAAAGAAAUAAGACUUUCCCUGGAAUUUUCUGGUCAACUUUUACCUGUUUUGGGGGGUUUUCUUGUCUGGCCUGUUCUACUUUUUUCCCUCUGCACAUAGUUUAAAGUAAAGAACAGAAAUCCCAAAACAAACUGGCUCUCUUUUCCCUAAGCUCCUUGUUAGCUCUAUCAGCUCUCUAAUAAAUAAGAAUAUUAAUAAUAAUAAUUUAUUAAUUUGCUAUAGCACCUUUUUAAUGUAAAAGCUAGUGAUCAAAAGCACUUUGCUUUGUCUAUGUAUUAGUUAAAACUAGAUCUAUGAUAGAUAUAACCAAUAAAAAGGUAAAAAUACAAAUAAUAAAAAACAACAUGUUAAAUAAAAUGAAAAAGAUAAAAAAAUAUUUUAAAACCAUGUAAAAGCUAAUCUAAAAAAAAGUCUUGACAAGUCUCUUAAAGGCGGCUAAUGAUUGGAUAUCACAGAUAUGCACCGGAGGGCUGUUCCAGAAUUUAAGGGUGGUAGUAGAAAAGGAUCUAGUAACUAAAGUUGCUAGCAUGCACCACUUAGGAAACAGCUCUCCUGAACACAUUACAGUGUGGACAGUCGAACUGGGACACUUGGAAAAAGAUUGUCCAAAUCAAAAUGUUUUCUGAAAACAAAGGAUUCUCAUUAUACCAGUAUAUAUAUAUAUUUUUUUGCAAACAAACCUAUAACAUUCAAGGUUCAACUCUGCAACCAUUGAAAACUUUAAAAGCGUUUGAACUUACUUGACUUUUCGGGAAACAUGUCUCAAAUUUAUGAAUUUUAUUGGUUCAUUUCCAAACAAACUUGGGAAUAAUUUGUUUUCAUAAAACAUUGUGAUUGGACAAUCUUCUUCUAUACAUCCCGGCUUGACUGUCUUCACUGCAAUAUUACAAUCAAGAAAACUAAGCAGCCAGAACUUUCAUGAUAUCACUUCUAUAAAUACUCAGAUUCAAAAAGCUUAUUGGCAACUACCAAAAAAUGAUACAACUUUGAAAAUAUAAUGAAUUCAUUAUUAGAAUCCAUGUGGUUACUCUUAACCUGGUUUUACUAUAAAGAGCAAAAAAUAAUGCCAGUAGAGAAAUAUUUUUUUUUCUGAUGUUUUUUCCAUGUUUCUUCAUCACAGAUAAACCUCAACCUUCAUCAGAGUACCCUGUUGUGCUGUUCUCUGGCACAGAUUAUGACAGCAUCUCAAAUAAUGGUUAUUACACGCAACUAAAAGAGGAUGAGUACAUUGUGUGGGGAAGAACUGUGGCUGAUGAGAAACGGGACUUUCGUUAUCGAUCUUUGAUAGUUUUGCCUGGAAGGCAGCUUAAGUUUAAAGGUACAGUAUAUUGCAGUAGUGCCUUAGUGCAGGCACCUUUUUAGUUCAUAACAUGAUCUUCUCCAACAAGUGUUUAUAAGAGAGGAUUGUUUUGAUGUCAAGCUGAAAGAAUAUCUUCAAAGAAGCAGGGUACAUACAGUACAAGUCAUGAAAUUUAAGAAUUGUUUCAUUUUCCAGGCCUGUAAAUUCAUGGAAUUUUACUUCAAUCCUGGAAAGUCAUGGAAAAUUAAAGUUAUGUUUGUAGGAUUACAGUAGUUACUGCAGAUGUCAAACUAAGGACAACGAUAGAUAGACAAAAGUAAUAAUAUUAAUAACACAGCAGGAAUAGUAUGCAUUUUGGUGGACACCAGAAUUAGUGUCUGUUGAACUGGGUCAGGUGAAAAAUACCCUUAAACAAGGGAAAGUUUUUUACAUGCUUAACAUAGACGGUCAUAGAAAACUUGGAAAUUCAUGGAAUAUUAAGUGCUUAAAAGAGUAUGAACCCUUAAGAAUGGUGACAUUAUGGUGGAUUCCAGGGAAGGCCAAACUAUGAGCACCAUUCACCAUUGAACUUCAUACAAAUGUCAAUUGAAUAUUCAGCCAUCUUAGGCUAUCACAUAUGAAAAAUUAAAUAGGAAACUCAUCAGGAAUGAUGUUUGUUUUUUAUUACCAUUUUGAAGUUUCUUCAAGACAACCAAUUAUAUGGAUGAAAAAACUUCUUAGUUGUGGGCAAAAUUUAUGAAUCAAGCAAACAUGAAACAAGUCUUCUAAGACAUUUGGGUAUGUUAGCUUUCAUUUGUCAAGUUAACUGAAAAUAAGUAAAACAACAUUUAAAGGCAACUUGAAAGUAGGUUUAAGCGUUGAGUCGACCAAUCUUGUCAUGGUAUGAUGGCAAUAAAACAUUAAACCAAAUGUCUGUUAGAUUUCCCUCCUAGCAGAGGUCUCUCACAGCCACCGAGAAGAAGGAGAGGAAAGAGAUAGACCUCUGUGCAGGCCGCCAAUGCAUUUUCUAUCACUCAUGCACUAGUGUUUCCAAAACCAGUAUUGAAGUUUUGGCCACAAAUGUGGUCGGCAGCUACAUGAAUGGUCGCAUCGGUGGCUGGUAGUGGUCUUUCUUUCCUGUCAUUUUUUUCUUGCUGUGAGAGACCUCUGCUAGCAGGGAACUGUUACAUCUGAUGCAGGGCUAAGAUUUCAAGUUGCCAGGUACACAUCGGGAAGGGGUAAAUCUCCCAUCAGCUAGGGAUUUCCUUAGGUUCUAUUUUUCUACUUUUUUCAUGAAAGUAGCCAGGAGUCAUCUUCAUAAUCACUGGAGGAAAUCUCUGGCACCAGUCCCUUAAUGACAGCCUUGUGAUGCUAGAAAAAAUGUUUUAAAAAGGAGUCAAAUCAUUUAACAAUUAUUAUGUCCUUAAAUUAUUAUUUCUUACUUUUAUUACACAUGUAGGUGCCUUUACAAGUGGAAACAAAUUUUUGUCAUCCAUUAACAACAUUACUAACAUUAGCAAUGUUCACUUGUGGAUGUUUGAUAACCAAGAUGUCGGUGGAUCCUCAGGGAUCUGGUAUACACAGUGGCUUCACUGGGAGAUGGGGUUUGCCAUUAAGGUGGAGCCAUGCUCAAAUUGUUCAGCCCCAGACUGUGGGGGAAGAACUUGUUAUUUUGGCACUUGUGGUGCUGAUGGAAACUGCCAAUGCAUAAGGGGAUACUCAGGAACCAACUGUACAGUCAGUAAGUUCGCUAAAUUGAUAUAAUAUGUUGUUACAGGGUUCAUACAGGUCAUGGAAAACCUGGAAAGUCAUUAAAUUAAGAUUUUUAAUUGUCAGUCCUUGAAAGUUUUGAAAAAUUUUAGUUAGGAUAAUGUUACUUUGGUAGAUUAAUUACGAAAGAUGCUAAAGCAACGACAAUGUGAGAUAAGACAAAUACGUGUCAUUAAACAAUGUGAACGACGCACGAUUUGGUGGACACAAGAGUUUUUGUUGAACUGAGUUAUUAGGUCUCACUUUUGAAAAUUUUCGAAAAUGAGAGCUUAUAAUAAUAAAUUUAUUAAUAAAUUUAUGGAAGUUGAGGUCAUGCAAAUAAAAAAGUUCAUGACAAAUGUCAUGGAAAAGUCAUAGUAAUAAGUCAUGGAAUUUGAAGAGUUUAAAAAACAAACGCUGCGUUAGGUUUCCUGCAUUUCCAUGCCUUUACCGCUAUUUAGUUAUUGUCCAUCAUAAUUAACAGUCACUUUGCAAUAAUGAUGAUGGUGGUAUCAUCUUAACUUUGGAUAGUGUUUACAGAGGUACAAUAAAUCUGCUAAAUACUUUAGCCUCCUACAUACAGUACAGGCUUCCCUGUGGUGCAGACGGAUGGGUGUACAGUGAUUGUGGGUGUAUGUGAUUACCAAAAUUUCUUGUAUUGAUAGAUUACUUAUGAAAUUUUCUUAGGCAUGGGGCUCUGUUCGUUCGUGCAAAGCGCAUGCUACCGCACACCUUGCUACCUAAUGAUAAAUCACCAUUACAAAGAUUUUCAAUGCAUAAAUAAUUAUAAGGACUCCAGUUGACUGUGUGUAAAGAUACCGGUAGCUUUAUUUAGUUUAUCGUAAAUGCAGACAAAAUUACAACAUGGUCAAUAGUGUAAAGAGUACUUGGUUUUUAAUGAAAAAGAACCAAUAUGUUGUUUUCCUUCUGUAAAAAGAAAGUUUUAACAAAAUUGUAAGAUACUUACCUCAUCUAAUAAUUAUUGCAUUAAUAUAUCUUUGACUGACUUUUUUUAACAGGACCAUCAGACUUCAGUAUGUACCCAUCAAUUCAAUACCCACUUAUCCUGUUUCCAAAUGCAUACUACAUGGGAACUCCAAAGAAAGUUGCGCCAGACACAUUCGAAGUUUUUGCUCAAAACACUCAAAGCCAGCUUGUGUAUUCAUACAAAUCCAUGCGUGUUCUGUUUAGAAGGAAGGUCACCUUCUCACGUGUUGACCACAACGAGAAUUACGAGAUUCUCAUUGGUGGAGACAUAGAAGAUAUUUCCUCCUUCAUGACCAUGAAUGAAGAAAUUGGAGAUGAUUUGUGGAUAAACUUUUCACCUGCAAUUGACCUUAGCUUUGCUGUCAAAGUGGAAGACAAUCCUGCCUGUACUAACUGUAGUGAAACUGGGGGUUCUUGUUUUACAGGCAGUUGUGUUUGUCUUCCUGGCUAUACUGGGGUCAACUGCGAUAGCCUAAUCUGAUCAUAAGUGCCUUACAGGAGUGCACAAUCAGAAUGUCACAUGUAAUUUUUUUUAACUGCUUAAUGAAAUACCAUAAAUUGGACAACAGUCAUGUUGUUUUCUGAUUUACAUUAGAAGAACUUUCACAACGUUGUUGUUUUUAGUUUUACCAAAAUUUGACUAAAUUUUUCAUGUUCUCUUCAUUCUCUACAUUUUUGUACAUUUUUAUUUCCAAGUUUCCUUUUGCCAGGUUUUUAUAGCAUUGUUUUUCAAGGUUUUUUUUAUUACAAAAGUAAAAAUUAAAGAAAAGAAGCAUCACUUUCAAAUUGUAGACACGGAGUUUUUUUAGCUUUCUUGGAUAAUUUUUAUUUUUGUAUUCUAAAUAUUAUGGGUGAACAGAAUGCAAUAAUUGAAGUAGCUUAAUGUGGCAUUUUUUUUAGUAGACAGUCGUGAAGCAAAGGUUAAACACCGGUAACCUAUACUGCAGUUUCAGACACCUCUUAAUAUCGGUUUUGUACAGCAUUCAACUCAUGCAUGUAAAAAUAUUUAUUUAUGGUGUAUACUUUAUCAAUGCACAUGGUUGUAAAUACACAUUUUUGUACGUCAUGUUUUACUAUCUAGUGGAAAAUUAAAAGUUU